UGACAAGGGGUUCCGCGCGUCCCUCCCACCCGCAAGAUCUUAACCCUCUUGCAUAGCCUUUGCCGCCAUGCGCAGAUCGUCAUGCUAAUGAUAUCAUGACAGGGGUGCCAUCUUACAAGAGAGACAUAUUUUCCCGGAGGCCGACCUGCACGUUUUCCGGGAUUUCUUCCUCCACCCUCCAUCCUGCCGCAACCCCCGACCCAUCUUUGCCGAUUAGCGUUGAAUCUGCCCGUUGCAUCGUCGCUCCCACCCGUGGCUGCUGCAUGGUUGCCAUAGGCCAUCCAAACUUAGGUUACGGCCGCAUCGAAACCCACGUGAGUCCCGCGGAGGCCAGACGGGGAAACUAGACGCUUGAAGCUCUUCCCCGAGCCCCCGUCCCGCCAUGAACGACGGCAAUAACCCCCAAUUUCAUGAUGUCGACGCUACAGACGACGGCCAAGACGAAAUCUCCGACUCUGCUCAGAACAGUGUACCCCUCUCCUCUAUUCGACGAGCCUGUGACGCCUGUCGGACGCGCAAGAUCCGGUGCGACAGGAAUUCUCCUUGCUCCCAUUGUAUUCACGCCAAAAUAGCUUGUACCCACGCCAACAAAGGGCCCAAAGAGAAGCGCACCCGCAUCCUUCUGUCUGCCCAGUAUGAGAGAAAGAUCGAUCUCAUUGAUCGCCGCCUCGAAGGAGUCACUCGCCUGCUUGAGGAAAUAAAGACCACCAUACCGGUUGCUAAUGCUCAACUUGCUGCUCAGGGCAAGGAUGCUACACCAGACAGGACUUCUCAGCCAUCUGGUUCCUCAACUUCAACGCCCUUCAGUCUCGCCAUGCAACUUGCUUCUAAUAGCCCUAUCAUCGAGGCCGAGGCUGAGUCCUCGCUGGCUGCCCACUCCAUCUUCGCCGAAGAUUUCCUCCAGAACGUCAUCGGGAGUGAUUCCUUACAGAGCGCAGACCUGGAAAUGCGCAAGUCCCUAGACUCGCUCCACUGCAUUGUCGAUGCUCUGAAGCAACAGACUGCCGGUACCGAAAUGGUGUAUACCAUGGCAAACUACGUUUCUCGUCCUACACUUUCAGAUAUCAAAUUGCCACCCAUUCAGAAGACCGUCGCACUUAUCCACGAAUUCAAAGGCAAAUACUCAAAUGUAGCCACCUGGAUUUUUGAUGUCUGCCCGUUGGAUGAUUUUUCAGAGAUUUGUCUCAGAAUUUACGUAUCCAAGGAUUUUUCUGAGGCCGACUUUAUUAUUUCCAAUAUCGGCAUGAUGUAUCUUUUUCAAGAACUAUCAUGUUCCACGGACAAGGAAGAGAACCUGUCGUAUUUCGAAAUGUGCCGUAUUAACGUCGAGACGGCUUUGGGUAACUUACCCUUACACUUACCCGCCAACCAGACUAUGAUUGCGGCUCUUGUCUUGGGGUCUUAUUAUGCCAUCGAAAUCUCAAAACCCUCGCUCUCUUGGACUUUGAUAUCCAAAGCAUCCGAAUUGUGCCAGACACUAGGCUACCAUCGACUAUCAUCUCUCAAAGACCAAGCUAAUAAAUCGGACCGAAAACAGUUCCUGUUUUGGUUCGUAUACUUCAUGGACAAAAGUCUAUCCCUUCGCUUAGGUCGGGUAUCGACGAUCCAAGACUGGGAUGUAUCCGUUCCCAUGCCGUCGAUAGAGGACGUCCACAUCACCCCACUAUCGGCAUUUUUUGCCAUGUGGAUCAAAACCGCCCGAUGCCAGGGAGAUAUCUAUGAGAAACUAUACAGUCCGGACUCUGUCAGUCAACCCAACCAUGUGCGUGUGGCCCGGGUUGCAGCUAUCACAGGGGACCUAGAGGAGAUCAGAAAACAGACAAGUGAAGUUACUGCAGAAUGGUUGAACCAGGCGAGUACGAAAAUAGGAGCGCCAAUGGUACAGCUUAUGUCUCUUUCAGACGAUGUCCUCCGCCUGUCGCUCCUUACACUUGCGUAUCGAGCAACCCGGUCUCCCGAAAGUACUCAAUCUACUUUCGUUCCUGAAUGCAUAGAGGCCGCACGAGCAACGCUCCAACGGCACCAACAGUACAUGGCUUGUCUCGAAAGCACGGUUCCCUAUUAUUUCCCUUCCUACGUGCACUGGACCUUAAUGUUCGCUCCUUUCACGCCGUUUAUUGUUCUCUUCUGUCAGGUCAUCGAGACUCGGGAUCAGAGAGACCUCACCAGCCUCUACAACUUUGUCAAUUCCACAGAAUCAGCCCCUAUGGUCUCAAAUGCCGCGGCCAAGAUGCACCGUCUAUUCCAAGUGCUUUACGCCGUGGCUUUCCGGUUCGUCGAGUUUCGUAACUCGACCCCGCCGGCAGACCAGUCUUGGGUGAAUGCCGAAUGUAACCCAUGCAUCAACACACUAGGCAUCGCUUCUAUGGAUCCCGGGCAGCGACAGCAGCAGCAAAUGGCCCUAGUAAGCGAUGACCAGGGGCUUCCGGUUUUCGGAUACCCCCCAGGACAGAGUGAGGUUCUGGAUGCAAUAUAUGGUCAAGGGGGGGCGAACUCGAUGAUGUGGAUGAACAACACAGAGCAGCUCGAGGAUUGGUUCAACAGCAACCAGCAGAUUCUGGAAAUGGUAGAAGUGCCGGAUUUCAAUUACCCUCAGCAGACCUAAAGGGAAAGAGCAGUGGUUUUCGGGUUACAUAGAUACGUUGUGAUGCGAGUGGAUACUUAGAUGUGGGCAUUUUUUGACAGUCGAUGUGGUACUCCGUAGGUGCAAAGAAAAUGCUCGACUCCGACGGUCUAGAUAUGUUUGAUUUAAUUAGGUAGUGAGCUGAAGGAUGUGUCGUCUAAG